ACAUUUUAGAAGUGUUGAAAAAUGACAACAGAUUUAAUAUUUCACAAUCUUCCUUGGGAUCUAAUAUACAUACCACAUCCCAGGUAAACGAAAACAUGAUAACUAUAGCAGAUAGUUUUGAAUAUGUGUCCCGAUGCCUUAUGAUGAUAAAUCUAACAAGAAUUCAGAUUAUGAUAAUACUUCUUCAGUAACAAAAUCUGAAACCGCUCAAUCGAUAAAAAGUAAGAUCAGAAAGGAAUCAUCAAGUAGUAAUAAUUAUAUGACAACAGGAACUAGUACAAAUUUAUCUAGCAAUAAAAAUGAUCCUUUAUUCGAUGAUGUGAAAUUAUCUACAUUGAAUAACGAUAUAAAAACUGGUAUACGUUUACUGAAUUGUAUGAUGUACAGUAAAAAGGGUAAUGUAGAGUUAAAGAAAAAAAUGGUUAAAAGAAUUGUUAAAAGGCUUCUGGAAGUAAAUUAUGGCGACGAUACAGCUACUUCUGAUGUUUCAAGACCACAAUCAAAAUUGAAAGAGUAUACUUCGAGUACAACAGGAGUUAAUAGCUGUGAUUCAAAAACUUCACAAGCAGCAAGUCCUGAUCCGAGUUAUUCUUUGCCUGAAAAUUUAGUAGCUAAUGUGCCUUGGAAACCAUACAAAUUUGCUCAAGGUGUAGAUUUCAUUAGAGUUCCAACUAAACCAAUGGCUAACGACGCACCUGUUAUUCACGAAGAAAAACCAAAAAGUGUUUUUACCAUACGAGGCAAAAAUGAUUUUACCUGCCAAGAUCAAUCGUUUCAAGACUUAGCUCAAAAUCAUUUGAAAUCUGUGGAAAAGCUAAAUAUGUUGAAUGAUCAGCAAAAAAUGUUGGAACAAAAUUUACUUCAACAACAAAUCAGAACUGAACAAAAUCACGACAAAUCACAAGGAAUUGGGUUAAUAAAUUAUGCAAAACAAGAAAAAGAUAUACAACUGGCUUGGAUAAACUCGGAAAUUGAACAUUUGAAUUAUCUAAAAACGUUGCUGGAAAAUAAUCAACCCGAGAAGACAAAGUUUGAUUCACUUGGUCCUUAUAAAGUUAGCGAAAGAGGUGAUACUAAAUUUGACUUUAAUUUCUUUUCUGAACUAGGUAAAAUACCAAAUCGUAACAUGAUAUAUCCAUUGGUAACAGAUUUUGAAGUAAAAUCUACUAGUAGAUCAUGUCCAUGUCGAAAUAUGAUGGAAAAUCCAUCAGUUUCUCAGAAAACUGCAGAACCAAGACGUACAUCUUUAAAAAGUGACACUUCCAGUAAACAAAGUCUGAUAGACAGUAGUUAUACAUCUAAAACUUCCUUAAAAUCCAAAGAAAAACAAAUGCCAACAUCUGAAGAAAAAGGUUCCUCUCCUUCUUCAAGUAAGGAGUCAAUUCGCGAGCAAUUGAAAAAACUUACAAGAAGCAUAGAAAUGUUAAAGCAAUCGACACAACUUGCUAAAGACAAUCCAAGCACCCGCAGUUCUUGCAUAACAUAUCCUGAAUGGGAUUCACACAUAAAUGUCAGCAGGCCCUAUUCUGAAGUAAUCGGCAUAGACCAGGCUCAGAAACAAAAAAUAGUUGCAUCAAAGUCAUCUGGGCAUUCAACAAAAUCUAAACCUUCACCAGAUAUUUCAACAAAGUCUAAAGAUAAAAAUGAUAUCAAGAGCAAUGUUUUAUCAGAGAAUAUAUCAGAACAUAAGUCAUCUUCUCAUUCUAAGCUUGUCGAGUCAUCAGGAACACAUACGUCUUUAAAAUCUGCUACGAUAUCUAUAAGUGGACAAAACAAAUCAACAGAAUCAUCUCCGGGAUGGGAAAGUUAUGAAAAGACAUCCACAAGAAAACCACAAGUUCAAACAAUCAGUACUCAAACAUCCAAUCGCAACAAUUCUGAUAAAAUGGUGGAAGCUGUUAUGGUUAGUUGUAAUCAUUGUAAAAAAUGUUCUUGCAAAUGCAGUAAAAAAACUCAAACGUUAGAAAAGAAACAUGGUAAAACAUCAAAGCCACCUGUAGCUUAUAUUUUAACAUUUGAAAGUGAAUCGACACCGACAAAUAGUUCUAGGAAUGGAAGAAAGCCUUCGCUGGAUGAAGUUAAGGUCAAAUUACCUUACAAUCGAGAAAACAGAAGUAGACAUCCUAAAACCAACAAGCACAAAAAAAUGAAUAAUGAAAAAACUGUUAUCACUGUAUUCGACAAUAAGUCAAGAUUUAUUUCUGAAGGCUCUGCAGAAUUACAAACUAUUAAUCUGGGAGAUUUUGACAACCUCAAGACCGAUAGUUACUCGGAGGAUACUGAAAAUACUGCUGGUACUUUGAAUGAAAGUACUCUGCUAAGUACAUCAACUGAUAGUUUUCUGGUGGCUCGAGAAAAGAAGCAGAAUGGAAAUAGGAAACAUAACCCGACUGUGCAGGAGUGUUUGGUUAUUUACAAAAGUGAUUUUGUGAAGAAAGCUGAUAGACGGAGAGAUGUUAUUAAUAGAAUUGCAGAAUUAAGAACCCAGAGAAAUAAUGAAAGGAAAAAGCUUUUGCAGUUGAUUGAAGAAGAACCGAAACUAAAAACAGAAAUAGCCAAUGUCCAAAAGAUGUUGCCUCAGAAAACAAAAUCUCAGAAAAUUUUCACUACGAAGGAAAUUCGCGAGAUGUCUAGGAAGAAAUAUAAAAAUCUUCCGGAAGUGACCCAGAAGAAGAAGGAUGCUCUCAGAAAUAAUCUGUACAGGAACAAUCGGUUUAUCGCGAAUAUUUUUAAUAAGAAAUUACAAAAGAGAGUUCUUCAAGGCAAGCACACAUUGUCUCAUAGCUUUAAUUUGAUCAAUGGAAUCGACUGA